UCAACAUGGCGUGCGAACCCAACUCGCUCAACACCUUUCCUUUUAGAAAACGAGAUUCAGUGUGUUCUCCAUGGUGUCUGUAAUUUAUACCUGGUGAUGGACGAAUGUACAAGGCUUUUGAAGGCCUAUUUGGGAUUCAUGGGGAAGCUCUCGGCCGUCGGAAUUGGAACGUACAACGUACAGGAAGAUCAUUUGACUGCCGAGACGAAAACGUGGAGGGGAACCUGUUGUGUGACGUUACAGUACAGAUCUACCAUGGUCACGUGUGGCCACGCAUUUUCGAUACCACCAGACAUGGCUGGUUUGUUUGUCUACCUGCUGGCGGUCGGUGUGAUUUGCAGCGGCCCAAGCGCUCAGGAAGUCAUCGAUCAGCCAACCGAUCGGGAGGGCAUGCCAGAGGGUGCCGACCGUGCCUGCGGUGCUAGCCAGUACACCGUCCUACCCGACGAUCCCAGGCGCAGCGUCGGCUUCUCCGCCAUUCGGCUGGACCUUAGCCGGCUUAUUAGCGACCAUGCCCUGACAGGAGGCUGGUACCGGUUUAGCGACGUACCGGGUAAAUGGAUUUAG